AUGAAAUAUCUUCCAUUAGUGAUAGCAUUGUUGUGCUUGACUGCAUAAUCAAGUGAAGAAUCUGUAUAAAACUUAUUGGAAUAAAAUAAUGAUUAAUAUCAUAUAGAAUAAGAAAUUGAUACUCAUAAAUCCAUGUAUGAAAAUGAAUUUGACAUUAAAAAAGAAUAGGAGGCUAAUACUUUGUUCUAAACUAUUGAAAAACGUAUAUUAUUUUAUAUAAUUAAGAUGAUACUAUAGAACAGUCUGUUUUGUUAGAUGAAUAAAGGAAACCAAAUUACAAUUUACUUAAUGUUACUCAUCCAAAUACAAAAUAAGACUAUACUUCUAAUAGUUCUAGUGUUAAAAAGAUUGAUAAAUAUAUUCCAUCUAGACUUAAGUUAAAGAUUAGAAAUAAUUAAAAUUUAGGAUAAGGAUAGAUCAAAAAUAACACUUAAAAGGUUGUAUAUUAUAAUCCAUAAAAUGGAACUUAUGAAAAUGUAGUAAUAUAUAAUAACAAUAAAGUCAAAUAAAAUUAAACUCAUUCUUAUUAUUAUUAUUAUGAUAAAGAUAUCUAGAUUAAUUUAGAAAAAGAUUAUGAUGAUUCUGGUAAUGUAGUUUACAGAAACUUCAAAUAUAAUUAUUCUUUGGUUAUAAACUCAAAUUCUUCCGAUAUAACUUAUAAUAGUAAUUAAGAAGCAUUUGGAACACUUGUACUUAACAAUAACAUAUUUUCUGGACAAUAUAAUAAGUAAGUAGUGGAUAAUGGAGCUAUAUAAUACAAUUGGAAUGAUUAUAUUGCUUAUAAUAAAAACAAUUCAUUUAAUGGAUAAGCUUAAUACUCUAAUAAAUAAGGAAAUUAUUCAUAUGAUAAGAUUAAUUAUGGAGGAUCUAAUUUAAAUCAAUAAAGUAAUUAUGAUAGAGAUAGAUAAAACUAUUUUAGAGGUGAUUAUGAUUAAGUAAAUGGUUCUAUGGACCUAAAUAAUGAUAACUUUUAAAGAUAUGAAAAUAAAUCAUCAGAAUUAAAUUUAGGAUCAUAAUCUGAAAUUUAGAUUGAAGGAGACAACUUAUUUAUAUCAAAGAAUGGUAAUGAAUAUAUUAGUGUAUAAAGAAAUCAAAGUAGUUCUUAUUUUAGAUAAUAAGAUUCAUUUUCAAACAAUUAAUCUGCUGAAGCUACAUUUUAAUAAAAUGGAUAUCAUAAUAAUAGGAUAAGUGGUGAUCAAUAUUCAGUCUCAAACUAUAAUACUUAAUAAAAUUAUUUAGAUACCUAAUACGGAAACUAUUCUGAUAAUCAAAAUAAAAACUAAACUUCUUUUAAUUAUAAUUUGACUUUAAACAAUUAAAAUACAAAUUCAAUCUAAAAUUCUACAAAUUCUAUUGGAAUUGAAAACAUCUCUUCUAUAGAUUUAAUUGGAGAUGAACUAAAAAAUACUAAUAUUUAUUAUGAUUAAAUAUAAUCAUAAAUAAAUGGAUAAAUUGAUGCAUAAAUUAAUAAUACUAAUGCAAAAUUUGAUAGUGAACCACAAACUACAGUAUACAACAUUACCGAAUAGGAUUCAAUUGGUACCAUAAAUAAUUACAAAAAUGAUAAUGAUGAAUUUGAAUUUUCAAGUAAUAUUUAGACAAAUUAGACAUAAUCAGUAAUUGAAUAAUAAGGAUAAUAAUUUAAUUAAUUAAGAGGAUCAAAGAAAUAAGUUUCAGGUUCAUGGACAUAAAUUGAAGUUGCAGAAAUUUAAUAAUUUAAUUCAAUAAUUAUUGAAUAAGCAAUUAAUGAAAUUAAUACUAAGUUUAAUCCUUAAUAAUUUGGAUAUUAUUUUGAUUCUAUUCUAAAUGUUUAAGAAUAAAUUGUUUCAGGAAUUAAUUACAAGAUUUAAUUAAGUUAUACAAAUCUUGAAUUUUAAUAAUAAAUAUAUCAAGUAAUCAUUUAUUCAAUGUAAUUUUACUUAUUAUAUUCAUUUUUAGUCCUUGGUAAAACUAAUCCAAUCAAGUUGUCAAAUCAAUUAGAUUCGAUUAAUUUGAGAAUUGA